AUGAAUAAUAGUAAUAAAUAGUAUACUAAGAUAAAGGAUAUUCCUGUAAAAGGUGGUAGUGAUAAUUGUUUCUUUGCUUCAUAAUAUAUAAAAUCAAAAUGUAUGCUUGUGAAUAAGAAUGGUUCAAAUGUAAGUUUAAUAAGGAAGAAACAAAAUGGAGAGUUUAUGACUGAGGAAUCUAUUGAGUUUGGAACAUAAUAUAUUUUUGGGUAUAUGACUGAUGAUGGACAGUAUUUGAUUACUUGGGAUAAUCAAUCAAAAGAAAUUCAGAUCAGAAAAUAUCAGGAAAAAUGA